AUGUUAGGCGAUAGAGGCGACCAGCUACUACUGAACACGUUGACUCGGAACAAAGACCGGGCCAUUUAUCUCCAAAAUGCUUUACAUUGUAUAUUUGAGGCAACCAGCAACAGGGAAUCAUUAAAGCCCGAUUUAUUACAAGCUGUGCUACGAGUCAUGCGUUUACAUAUGCGUCGUAUGGAGAUGAUUUUGGCCGGUACGGCUGUCAUCUACAACCUCACGCGAAGUGAACAGAGUCGUCAGUUGCCGCUGGAACUUCUGAACAGAGUUGUCCGUAUGACAUUGACCGCAAUGGAGAAAUAUCACAUGAACCGCCAGUUGCAGAAAAAUUGUCUUCUGACUUUGUGCAACGACACCGUAUUAUACAGGGCGACCUUCAACUGCAAUCAAUGCUGUGAACUCGUUUUUAAGAAUCUCAUCGCUUUUGACGACAUGCAUAUGAAGAGAAUGGGCGUUGCGAUCAUCUCCAUCUUGGCUGCCGAGAUUUCUACGGCUGGUCUUUCUGAGCUUGCCAAGGACCGUCGCCGCAUUCAACGUUUGUUGACGUACAUUGCCGAAAAGUGCCUUGUGGAUUCCGAUCUCGGUGAUCUCGGUGCUGUGGUGCCACAUUACCUGCUGUCAUUGCAGCUUCGCCCGGAAGGGCCACCCAUUUUUGAUACCACUCUACGCUUCACUCUGUCUGCAUUGUGGAAUUUGACCGACGAGUGCCCGGAAGCAUGUCUUGCUUUCGUUCAGGAAGGUGGCCUCCGCAUUUACGAAAAGGUUUUAAAGCGUUUCGCAGACCAGGACGAAGGGGAUAAAAAUCAUGUCUACACAAAGUGCCUCGGUCUCUUGGUGAGUUUUUGA